GAAGCGCAUCGUUAAACCAUGGUGAAUUGGAUGAAAUUUGCCGAAUCGGAACUGCUGAUCUGGAUUCGGUAUUGCCUAAGGCAAUAGAUGAAUGUGCACCGGGAAUGGAUGAUGAUGUCGUCGCAGUUGAUAAUGAUGAUGAUGAUGAUGAUGAUGAUGAUGAUGAUGAUGAUGAUGAUAAUCGUGGGGAAUUUUGCGGCAAUGGAUUUGCAAUUGAAACUUGA